AUUUCUUCUUCAGUGAGAAAAUGAAUUCAUUUCCGGUUUCCUAAAGAAGCUAGAUUAUUCAGAUAUUUUUAAUAGAAGCAACGGAGGAAGCCGGUGAUUACCAAAAUAUGUAACGCGUUGUACAUAGUUGAACUUACAAUCUUUUGCAGGGAAACCUGAAGAAGUUUUGUCAGCUGUGCUUCGCGCUACAGGUGCUUUGUCACUUCGUGAUCAGCUGUUAAGGCGCUGGCCCGGUCUUUGACAAUUAGGAAUUUUAGAACCAGAUGAUUUUUGCGUUUUGAAAGUCGAACGCAUGCCCAUUUUAAUUGACAAUGAAAUGAAAUCGGUAAAUUUAACCUUUAAUUCUUAAAAAUGGGAAAUAAACACUCAUGUUGUGUUUAUACAAGUCCGUCCAAAACCAACAGAAAACCACAAGAUGUUUAUGGUUACGAGGAAACAGGGAUAGACAUCCAUUUAACCCCAAACAACAGAAGCGCUACCUCUCUUCCAGGAGUCCCGCACAUCAGUGACAGGGAAAACUAUCCUGAAGAUGUUAAGGAGGAUCCCACUUCUGAUCCCAGUUUACGGCCAUUGUUCCCAUCCAGAUCCCAAAGUGAAAUCAGCAAGAAUGUUAGGCACAGAUCUAGAUCAAAAAACAACAAGAACAGACGGAAGUCUCAGUACGACAACAGAGUUCUACAAAUACAGAAUACACCAGUAUUUAGGAAGUACAGCUCCUGUUCAACCAUAUUCAUUGACGAUUCUACCGUCAGUCAACCAAACCUCAAAAACACAAUCAAAGCUGUGGCAUUUGCCAUCUAUUUUCAUAUACGAAACCGAGAGAGUGAUCGUACCCUGGAGAUCUUUGAUGAGAAGCUCCACCCCCUGUCUCGAGACCAAGUCCCGGAGGAUUACGAUAGCCGAGACCCAGAACACAAACACAUCUAUAGAUUUGUACGGACCCUAUUUAGUGCGGCGCAGCUGACCGCAGAGUGUGCAAUAGUUACCCUGGUAUACUUGGAGAGGUUGCUCCACUAUGCUGAAAUUGAUAUUAUGCCAGCGAAUUGGAAGCGUAUCGUCCUGGGUGCAAUACUCUUAGCGUCCAAGGUGUGGGACGACCAGGCGGUAUGGAACGUGGACUACUGCCAAAUCCUCAAGGACAUCGCUGUGGAGGACAUGAAUGAUCUGGAAAGGCAAUACCUAGAAAUGUUACAGUUCAAUAUUAACGUGGGAUCGAGCGUGUAUGCCAAAUAUUACUUCGAUCUGAGGGCGCUAGCUGAUGCUAAUGACCUUAGCUUCCCUCUGGAACCACUCAGUAAAGAUAGAGCUUUCAAACUAGAGGCAAUGUCUAAUGAAGACGGAAUAGAGAGGAUCAACCAAAAACCAACCCUGGUCCGCUCCAACAGCUUAGACGGCAUGACGGCCAACCCUAGGCUUAGUGUGGCCAUUAUCUCAUAACCACUGCAGUCAAAGCUUGAGAAGCACAACGAAUAUAUUGCAAACUUUUCUGGUUUGCGCUACUAAAAAAUUUAGCUGUGGAACUUUUACCAGAGCUGAGGUGUUAAAUUGAAAUAGGAAGAUUUAGAAUUCCAACCAAGUUUAGAAGGGUUCAGCAGGCAAAAAUAUUCCUUGAUUACACAUUUUAUAGCAGUUAAUUACACAUUUUUUAACAGGAAAUUUAUAUUUUCUUUCAAAUAUAAGUUUAGUUAUCUAUAUUUAAAAGGAAAAAAAUCUCAAUUGAAAUUGAUGAAGUCUAUUGCUUUAGAUAUUGUGGAGAAGCACAAUAUUGUCUCUUGUUCAGAAUGAAAUAGUUCUUGUACAUGUACAGUAUGUUGAAACUUAGUUUUUAUCACUACAUGUAUAUAUCAGAUUUUGAUUGUAAAAUUUCAGUGAAUGGUUUGCAUUCUUGCUCAACUUUUGUUCUGCCCAACUUCUAUAACUUGUAUUUCAUCAUCGACUGUGAAUUAGGCACAAGAGUCGUGCUCAGCACUCUGUAGAGUUGCACUCAGCACUCUCUGUAGACCAUUGUGAUAAAUGUACAUGGAAAUCAAAGUCCCAUGAAUCAAAUUCUGGAGAUUUUAUGUACGGUGUAUUUAUGUAUAAGAGCAUUUGUAGAUAUGUUUUGCUCCAAAGUGAUGUGAAUUAAAGAAAAAAUCAGCAUUGAUAUGUAAUACAGACCGAUUACACAUGUAACCCUGGAUUCUUAUAAGCCAACACUAGAUAGUACAUGUCUGUCUGCUGUAGUGAAGUAGAGGGAAGAUUUAACUCUGGUAGUUUAUUUGUAAUAGAAUUUAUGACAUAAAUUGGUGCUGUCAGAUUUUUUAUGUGCUAUAAUUUAUUGUUUCAAUUUGUUGCAUUUUAGUGAUAAAGUCCCCUUCCCAGGUUUUUUAGUCUUGUUAAAUAUAAUUACCCAUUUCACAAAUAUUCACAACUGGAAGUCAAAUAAGUACCAGUUUAUUUUGUUGAUAAAAUUUUUUAUUUGAAUUAUUGAUAUUGGAAUCUAUUGACUUAGGUUUUGGAUUGUAUUGGUAAUUGUAAAACGUUUAGGUCACUUAGUUUGCUGUGGUGACCUAUUUGCUAUGUUUGUUGUGUGGUAUGCAUUAUUAACUCUCAUACUCUUUCAAAUUUUCUAACAGGACCAAUUUUAACCAAAUGUGGUAUAAAGCAUCUUUGGAGAAAGUGGUACCAAAAAAUUUGAAUUUUCAAAACCUGUGCAUAAUAAUCUAAAGCAAGUACAGUAAAACACGAUUAUAGCGAAGCUCCAGGGCUAGGGAAACAAGUUCGUUAUAACCAAAUUUCAUUAUACCUAAUAAACUUUUCCUUAUUUUCCUAUCAUGGAGGAAUUAAUAUCACUUCACAAUAAGCAUGUUAUGAGCGUGUUCGUUAGAAGCAUGAAAUCGGUAUAAGCAUGUUCGUUGUAAGCACGAAUUCAUUAUAAGUGUGUUCGUUAUAAGUGUGUUCUACUUUAGUUGUGCAGUGUUUACAAGGAAAUAAAAAAAACAGAGUAAUUAAAUGUAUUUCUCAAUGAUGAUUAAACCAUGGAUGGAAUUUAGGCAUGGGGGAAGGGUAGGAGAGAAAAAAAUCAUGUGUACAUCCUUUUUAUCCAAUGCACAGUGAUUUGGGCUCUUCAAACAAUAAAUUUAAAGAAAAUUUUCAUGUACAAUGUACAUAGGUGACCUCUAUGGUCCAUGGCUAUCGUGUCUGAACGUGUAUCUGGCUCCUAGUUGGAUAAACAAUGAUUUCUGUCAGAGACAGAUCUGCAUAAUCUCUAUUGGAGUAUAGUCAAGGGAAGAUAUUUGUCUUGUCAAUGAAGAGAAGAAUAUUUCCUUUGUUGGAAUCUCAUAAACAGUUGAUCUUGCGUGUGUUGACGCUCGUGUCGUGUUCUGUCUCCGUGUAAGCUUGUCACUCAGUAUAUAAGAAAAUCAGUUUUUAUCAUUCUUCAUUUCAACCAUUGGAUAUUAACGAAUUCAGGUAUUAAUGGUUGUGAUUGUUUGUUUGCUCCAUAUGAUCAGUUAAAAUCUUCCUCAUGGAGAACUCCUGAAGACAAAGGUUUAAAUAGAGAAAAUUCCGGAUCUGGCUCUCUUUGUUUCUCUGUCCCAUCUGAUGCUCACGAGGAAAAUCAUGUAGGGAUCUUUCAAGAAAACAUCAUGUUUUGCACAAAUCAGUGCAUGUAAAUUAAUUGCCACUAGCAUGUUGUAUUCAUCUUUUAUGCAGUCUAUAAAAGUACAUGUAUCAAACUUCCACCAGAGUUCGUUUGCUCACAAACCAAACUCUUCCACUUAGGCAUUAUGGGAUAGCGAUUUCUUAGGCCACGUAUACUGUGACGUCACUGUAGAAUGACGAAAAAACAUAACGUCAAACGUAAACAACUUUCAAAACAAGAACGUAAACAUCAAAUUCAUUACUUUACACAAUAAUUUGAACAGAGUAACCCUACUUUUUAAUGAUCUUUUGAUCAUUUUAUGUUUAAAAUAAAAUCCAUACUUUUAUAUUAAUGCUCUUAAUAUUAAUAUCUUCAGACUUUUAACUGCGAACUACUUCUUUAGUGUAAUUUGUCUGCGUGAUAAUCGCGGACUCACAAUAUACAAAUCUGUAUAUUGUGGUGCGUCACAUAGGAGAGGUCUAUCGUAGGUGACGUAAUGAGGCCUCGACGGGGAGUUUGGUACAUGUAUGUGAGAAUGUUUUUUAAUAUGAUUUCAUAAUUGUUUUAUGUCGUCUUUCAAUUUGUAAUCUGCAAACACAAAUUAUGUUGGAAUGCUCUCUUAGAACUAAUCUGUGAUCAGUGAUGCAUAAAGCAUGUCAUUUUGUACUAUUGAUUAUCUCGUAGUAAUUAGUAACAGUAAUGGUGCGAUCGCUUUGUUCAGUUUUAAUCGUUCAGAUUGUCACAAGCUAGUCAUACAUUUCAUCUAAGUGCAGGUCGUACCCUGUAUUUUAAUGAGCAGAGUUGCAUUUGAUUUUAAUUAUCAUGUUGUAUUUAUGAUAUCUUGGCCACCUAUUUAAUUUUGUGAAAUGUACAUGUUUAGGUUUUUUUCUUCCCCAAGUGAUUUUCCCCUCAGUAUUAAUUAAUGCCGAACAAAUUUAGAUUGAUAUUAUUGUACAGUGUGUAUUCUGUCUAAUACGACAAAACCAUUUCUUCUUAGUGAAAGUCUGUGCUAUGUAUUCGUACUGUAGUCUAGGGUCCAAAUUUUGGCACACUGCCAAAUGUCACAAUUUAUUAUUACCAGUUGGUCGAGCGUUAACUCACACCAGAAUUUUUGGUUGAUAUAUAAACGUAAGCUCUUUUUCUUUUUUCUCGAAUAAGCAAUCUCUUUGUAAAUGUAAUUAUCUAUUUAAACUUCUUUAAUGUUGCAGUAUUUUAAGCUGCGUUACUGAAUAAAGUCAAUAAUUAAGGUGACACGGUCCAGAGUGGACAGUACUUUAAAGCUUACAAUAUAAACUAUCAUUAAAUCAAUUUUUCUGUUUCCCUGAAACACUCGGUAUUCAUUCGUGGUGGGUGGGGGGUGGGGGUACCAUCAACUAUUGAUCAACAUUUGUGACCAUUAACCGAGACUUUGGCUUGCCCAUUUAAUCGCAAACGCAUGCGCAAUUGUAAUGUUGCAUUAACAUAUUGCUUAUCACAGAAAUGCUGGUUUCAAGUUCAGCUACAUAUUUUCAAUCCGAGAAAAAUUUGUAGGCUGUAGGAUAAAACAAUUAUUAAACAUUAUCAAGCCAUAGUGCAGAUAACUUUCCACAUGGGUCUCUAGCAAACCAAUGCAUUAUUACCUUUAACCUUGUGUAAGAGCUCAUGAGGUUGCUCGCGGUUAAAGUCUAAUAAUGGGUGUAAUAAUUGUGCAUGACAGAAUGCUCGCUCUAGCUUUCAUCACUCCCAAAAGAAGGACUCUGAUUUUUAAUUGAGUUACUUAGAAAAGUUUGUUUCAGUGAAGAUGCAGGCAUUGAACAAUUGUAUACAAUUCAUUGAUCAUUGAAGUUAGGGUUCUAAUUGUAGAACAUUAUUUGUAUCAUUUAUUUGUUGACUUAUUUGUGCUUUUAUUUGUAGGGCUGCUUGCCAAAUGUCAAUAAAAAGGGAGAUAAUUUGU